AUGGCUACCCCAACACCUAUGGGUGUUGAAGGAACGCAAUAUUAUGCGUCUUCUUCUGAAGAUAAAGAACGGAACCCCACCCAUGAGAAAGACGAAAUAACUAACAAAGCUCAAGAUUUUGGUGCAGUUAUAAACCGUAUACUUUAUAAAUUGGAUGCUUUGGUACGUCCUUAUGCUCAUAAGAUCUUUGUGGUUAUUGAACUGCUCUUGAUCGAUGAUUAUUAUUUCGCACGAUGCGUAAACGAUGAGAUUAUAAAUAAACGAAAAAGGCUGAAUCCUAAAGAUAAAGUUCAAGUUGAUGAAAUACGUAACUUGUUGAAUGGUUUCUCUAAAAAACCUGAAACGUUCGUCGGAUUUCUUGUCUCAAAUUUACCAUUAAGUGAUUAUUCGCAUAAAGAAUUAGAUGAUCCAAAAAUUAAGCAUAGGAUCUGUGCUUGCUUUUUUUAUGAAAUUGUUGAUAAGAAACAAAAAAGCUCAAAGAUCGGAUCGAAAAUCUUGACGAUGAAUUCCUUAGAGGAACAAAAAAGCUCAGAUCGGAUCGAAAAUCUUGACGACGAAUUCCUUAGAGAAACAAAAAAGCUCAAAGAUCGGAUCGAAGAUCUUGAAAAAAAAGAUCGAAAACUAACUAAAGAAUUUAAUGAGUAA